AUGACGGACACUAAUGCUGCGAAGAAGGAGGUUUUGGAUGAAAUAAUGAAUAGAGAGGGUUUGGGAAAUAAAAAAUUUCACUCUGAAACAUCGCUACAACAAUUUGGUGAAGAUGAAGGAGUGGACACACCCGACGCUAGCGGAGACGACCCUGGAGUCCAGAAUGCAUCAAUCAGCAACGGCUCCAGUUCUGAAGACAUGCAGGGCCGAAGACGCACCAUGUCACAACCGGGGCCUGUGUCAGGCAGUCUUGUGACUGCAUCAGCUGCCAGAGCUGCACGACGGAGACCACAGAGAAAUGUCAUGUACCACCCAGACAUUGAACGAAGUGAAUCCACCAAUGAGAAGCAAUCACCCAGAAUACUUAAUCUUAGUAGAGGAGAGGAGUCGGGAUCUGCUACACCUAUUGGUGACCGCGCCAGCCCUAUGCUGUACAAUGGUAACCUCAAAAAUGGAGACGCCAAAUCAUUAAAUAGUUACCGGCUGUACAUGCCACAGAGCGAUAUGAGGGGCACAGCGACCCCUCGAAAGAGGUCCGUAGCAACAAUGGAUGCCCAGUCCAUCCGUUCCGUAGAAACUCAUGCACCUCCACCCACCAGCCCCGAGGAUAACAAGAGGCUAACAUCAAAAUACCUGACCCUCAUAAUCAGUUGCAUGUACGCAGUACUAUUGGUUACUCUUGGACUAGUGGUGUACUUGGGCGAUUCGUUCGUCAACGAGUCCAUUUCCGAUAUUUACUCAAUUAUUCUGUGCAGUAUCGGAUUCGUGUACAUUUUCUACUUAAUAUUUGAUAUAACAAGGUAUAAGUCCAUAGCAGUUAAAAAUCACAAAAUCAAAGCUUUGCAUGAAGAAAAAAUAAUGGAAUUCUUUAGGAAACAAGAGGAACAAAUGGGUUCAGUGACCCCUGGAGACAGGACUCCAGAAUCAGCCUCAACAUAUAGACCACCAGGCAUGCCUCCACCAGUGCUCAUUCCUAACAAGCACGAAUACUGCUUCAGCCAAGGUCGGCAUUCUGGAAGUUUCUACUUGAAGAUGGGAGCUGCUGGUUUCGCUCUUGGUCACUUGGUGCAUUCAGUGUUACUGCUGGCCGUUCAAAUCGGUCAACUGGUGGAUGAGAACCUUGACAACGAUGAAUGUGUGAACAUCUUACAAGUUGUACUCGAUGUUUUGUUCCCGGUCUACUGCUUCUUACAACUGUACUUUGUUUUCAAAUAUUCCAACGUCAUCAUUUUGAAGAAUCAGGGUGUUGCACACUUCGCAUUCAUGCAUUUAAUUGGAAGCAGUCUGUGCUUCUGGAUUUCUGCGAUCGUUCGUGAGACUAUCCUAGGAUUGACGAUUUACGCCAAUUCUAGGUAUGGAAACGGCGACUACUCAGACUAUAACGGAAACUCUAUCGUGCCGGAACAUGAAAAACCUUUGGAUGAGAGAUUCCUCGAUAUAAGUAAUCUGUAUAACCCGAACUGCAACAAUUCUGCCGCCAUUAAUUCAAUAUAUGAGAAAAUCUCGCCGUACCUCUAUCCGUUCAGCGUGGAAUUUAAUAUUCUUAUUGUUGCAAUUUACUACAUUAUUUGGAGCAACAUCGGUAAUUGUGACAAUGAAGAUGUUAAUUCAGAUGCGAACUCCACCAGUGAAGACACUUAUCAUCUUUGCAAAAUACCAACGGCGAAUGAAGACAACGAUUUCACAAGCAACAUCGUGAUCUACGCUGACUGUCACGCUUCCAACCGUGGCAUGUUCCUGGGUCUCAUCGUGAUGGUCAUCAUCACUGGCAUGCUUAUCAUUGGCUUCGUGUUCAGCAGCGUUGGAGAGGAGUUCAUGGAGCUUGGCUAUCUUCUCAACUCUUGCACGAAACUUGGGUUACACGUAUUGUUGCUGUUCGCGGUCGUGAUAGCGUUCAACCAGCUUCGUCAGCUUGAUAUUAACGAGCACCCCAUCUCACUCCUCGAUGAUGUACUGCUCUUUAUCUGUCUCCCCGCCUUCUUCAUGGAAACUGUGUUCUCGCUAGUGGCGACAAUCAGUUAUGUCAAUAUUGUGAAGAGUAUUGACUUCUGUGUUAUGGUGAUACAAGUGUUGAUCCAAACGCCUCUGAUCAUGGACGGUCUCCGGCGCUGUAGCAAUACCAAGAAACUUCGAAGAAAGAAGCCAGGUCGGGAAGUUCUCAUGUUCCUCCUUAUCGCUAACGUUGCCAUGUGGAUCUUCAACACCUUCUCCUACAAAUCCCCUGAUAGCCUCGACGAGAGAUACGAGUUCUACGGCAAAGUAAUCUGGACUAUAUUAGGCCAUAUUAGUUUGCCUCUCAUCAUGUUCUAUAGAUUCCACUCCAGCGUUUGUUUCGCAGAUAUUUGGGAUUCCGCUUACAAACCUGGUUCAGAACAUUGA